AUGGCCGCAAUGGACAGUCAAGCAGUGGGAUCCUGCAACAAAUUCCCGGAGGUCACAGCUCAUGCGGAGAAAAUACAUUCAAUUCCGAGUCUCAAGAAGUACCUCCAAGCUCGUCCUAACACGAAAUUCUGA